AGCAAAGCACUUCUGUUGAACUCUCAGUGAUCCUGCUUCAAACGAUCCAAGAUAUUUUUCCUAUAAUUGUCACGAGUGAUUCAGAACCAAUCAGUUGUCAAAAGAAUCCUUUCAUUAACAGAAAUAUGAAUUCGGGUAAAGAAACUACGUUUCGUAACUUCACAGCAGAACAAGCAAAGGAGUACAAUGCCAGUCGGGGACAUCAAUACCCGACAAGGCUAUACGAGCAUAUCUUGGCAUAUCAUAAAGCCAAGAGUGGGCAAUUCAAGCUCGCACUCGACGUAGGCUGUGGUCCGGGCAAUGCAACCCGAGAUCUCUGUGUUUACUUUGACCGAAUUAUUGGUCUUGAUGGCAGUCCCGGCAUGAUUAACACGGCACGAGAUCUUAUCCCGGCAGAGUUGAAAGAAAAGUUGUCCUUUGAGAACAUACCGUCAGAACAGCUUCACGAGACACCGGGCGUCGAAGAAGGUAGCGUUGACAUGGUUACAGUUGCGACAGCAGCUCAUUGGUUUGACUUGCCGAAGUUUUAUGCAUCUGCUCUCAAGGUUCUGCGACCAGGAGGCACCAUAGCCAUAUGGGCGCCUGGCCGACCGGUUCUCAAACCCGAAACAGCUCACGCUGCAGAGAUCAACGCUCUCGUUGAGGAAUUCAACACUCAGCUAGAUCCGUAUCGCCAAGCGGGCGGCCACCUCGCGCGAGACAUGUACGCACAUCUACCGCUUCCGUGGUCUGUUGACCCCCCCGUCGAAGGAUACGACAAAGCAUCUUUUGAAAGAACGGUCUUUUCAGACGCCCACGGAAACUCGCUUGGGCAUGCGAAGUUUACCCUCGGACAAGCAGAGCGCAUGUAUGGCUCUGGCAGCCCCAUCGUACGGUGGCGAGAGCAGCAUCCCGACCUUGCCGGCACAGACGAGGACAUCGUGAAGAUCCUUUUCAAGAAAAUCCGCCAGCUCAUGGGCGCAAAUGAGCUCUUUGAAGUUGAUAGGGUCUUCGGUCUCCUCUUGUGGAGAAAAGAAUUGUGAUUUGUGAUUACGAGCGUCUAGUCUUGGGAUGUUCCAACUGGAACGAAGCUCACGUAGACAAACAAACAAGCACGUUGACUGCGUCAACGUACCUGGAAUGACCUGCUUCCUCUUUUCAAAAAGUGUUUUAUGUGUCAAAACCAUGACCAAGAUGCAGAAUUGAAGCCGCUUCGGAACAGUUCCGACCUCCUUCGAGCAAAUAUGAUCCUUUCCAGAUGAAAUUUUUGGCCGUCCGUCGCCCUUUCACUUUCCGGUCUUGUACUACCGUCAGCUUUCGCACAUCGCCGGUCGAAAACUGUCCAUUCUGGCUGGAAGAAGGGAAAUUCCUUUUUGGAAAUCUCAGCGGCGCUCAGCCAUCAGGCUCUGAGAGAGAGAUCAGAGAUAUCACGGCUAUUUAUUAGCAGAGGCCUAAGGUGGCGGAAUAUCUUUAUCCGUUAAAUACAACCUUUCCUGAAGCAUACGACGAUACGAAAUCCGUGUCAAAAUGAUCGGUCCAGCGGAAGUGGAAGAGCAG